AUGCAGGAAAUAGGGAAUCCUUAUUCGGACACGUACGACGUGCCACAUUUCGACAAGAACGCGAGCGAUUAUGGUAGACCGCCACCGGGCAGUAAAACAGAGGCACGAGGCAUUCGGGCUGGUGUACACGUCUGUCGAGAGAUUCUGUUUCUCUGCGAGAUCAUUAACGAGAAUGCCGAAGGUGAAGAACCUCACAAAUGGAUCAAGUUUGGAAAACUCUUCUAUGUAUAUGCGUUUUAUUCAGAUAAGUUAGUGGGCAUGUUGAUACGAGCGAGAAAAUACGGUCUGGUGGAUUUUGAGGGUGAGAUGCUCUACCAGAAGCAAGAUGACGAGAAGAUCGUAACGAUGAUGAUGCCAAUCGCCGAGAUUCGCAGCCGAAUGCAGGCAUCCGGCGACCCGAAAAAUUGUGUUGUUUUAGUUGAUAAAUAA